GGAAGUGUGUUAUGGUUUCCAUCCUCGAAGCACGAGCAGGUCGUAAGCAUCGACGAAGAGACUCUUCGGCUAUGGAGCAUAAAUCAAGAGAUGGCGGUGGCAUCAGUUCGUGCUAAGGCAGCUGCUGGGUACCUUCAACAACUAGAGACAGGUCGAUGGGAUCCGCAUGAUGUGAACAUGCUGGCCACUGCAUCUGAUACGUCUGUUAACUUAUGGGAUCUACGGGUGAUGAAGCAGGUUCAGGCUUUGGACCAGAUUCAUGCCAUGCAAGUGAGGGACAUUGACUACAACCCAAAGAAGCAGUAUACUAUGAUGACGACUGGCGACGAUUCGAGAAUCCGUUUCUGGGAUUUGCGAUCCACGGGAAUGCCAUUGAGAGAGCUUCCAGGCCAUUCACAUUGGACGUGGAGAGCUCGGUACAAUCCGUUCUACGAUGAGCUGGUCCUGUCUGCAGGCACAGAUACCGUUGUGAACCUCUGGAGUGUCCCUAGUAUUGCUGCUUCCAAGGGCACAGAAAAAGAAGGAGAGAAACCGAACCCUGAGUCUCCGUCGAGCCCCUUUGGAUCUCCACGAGGCCCACUAGAUGGAAUUGCACAAGCCUAUACGGAGCAUGAAGACAGCGUUUAUGGAAUUGCAUGGAGCGCAAAAGAUCCUUGGGUUUUUGCAUCAUUGUCGUAUGAUGGAAGGGUGGUGGUUGAUGUCGUUCCUGUGCAAAUAAGGAAGAAGCUGAAGGGUUAAACAAACUUAACCCAACUUAACCCAACUUAACUGUGAGUAAGCAAUCAAUAUAUUGACGUGGAAAUGUGUUAGAAGAGAUCUGAUGAGAGUGGGAUGGGAGAGAGCAUUUAUAAGAGGGUAAUAAAUCAGAAAGGCUAUGGAGGGAGUUCAAGGUUUAGCGCACUGUACAUUUGCAGAAGUAGGACUUUUGCGAAUGCAUGUGGACAUUAUUUUCUAUGAAACACAUUUGCAGAAGUUCUGAAGUAGGACUUUUGCGACUGCAUGUGGACAUUAUUUCUAUGAAGUACGUUUGCAGAAGUAGGACUUUUGCGACUGCAUGUGGACAUUAUUUUCUAUGAAAUACAUUUGCAGAAGUACGCCGUGUUAGUAUCGAUGGCCUUCGAGAGAUCCAUCUGGAGCCAAGUGGAGGCAGAUGAUGGCUUGAUGAUGAAAAUGGUUGCUCUCAAUGGUCGAGGAGAUAGGUGCCUGGGGUGUCUUCCAGAGAAGGGAGCUGAAACCACUUGGUGGUUGUAGCAGAGGGGUUUUGACAUUUCGUUAUUGCGGCUUUUUUGGUAUAUGGUAUAUAGUAUAUACUUUAUAGCCUCUUCCAAGGUGUAGCAAGAAGAAGCAUAAGCCAUCAGUCACAUGGCACAAAGAAAGC